UUUUAAAAUGCAUUUUUCUAAAUUAAUGCACACGGUGGAAUUGUGAAUUCACUCAAGUAUUCAAAAUUAAAGGUGAACAGAACAACAGUUACUAUACAAACACUAAGUAUGAAUGGAUCUUUAAAAAAACACCGGGCAUUUUCCUUCUGAUCAUGAUGAUAACACACACAGUGGUGAAAGGCAUCCUCUGCCGGCAGUCUCUCUUUUGCCUUAACCACAGUUCAUUUGUGAUGAUUUUAGUAAAAUGAAAAGUGUUUAGUAAAAUGGCUCUCAGGUUGCAGGGUUUGGUGUGGAGGCUUUAUUCAGUUAUCUAAACUGAGAAAUCUAAGUGAAUAUCCUUCCAUCAAGCACACGUGUCGGCCUGCAGCAUCCAUGCAAAGUUGUUCUGGAUUUCAAUGCCAAGAAACAGGAAUUCAAAUGCUAAGAAUAGACUGAAAGAGGCAGAGUCAUGCGUCCAUGUGGCCUCUGUACAUGACCCUACAAUUCUUGUCCUGUCCCUCAAAAAAGAAGGGAUGCUGUCCUCACUAUCAGAGUCACGGGGGGGAAACACAGCAGCAGCCCUUGUGUCCAGCCAGCUCCCCAGAUGGGAACCCAGGUCACCAGCAGAGCCGUGUGCACGAGGCUGGGCUGGCUCAGUUCCCAAGGGCAGGAGGACAUGGGGUCAGUUGAGCUCUGACAACUGGGGUCACAGGAGUGUCCACAGGGUGCCGAAAAGGUCCUGGUGUGUCCAUUCUGAUGGAACCAAAGGAAAGCCUUCCGGGAAGCUGGAGGAUGCGGACUUGAGCCUGGCUCUGCCUCUUGCCAGCUGGGUGUCCGGAGCAACAUAUGCAGACUCUGAGCUACCUCACCUGCGGAGCAGCCAGGGUUUCCAAAGGAGGGAGCUUCUCUGAGCACCUCUAAGGUCAGAGGGCAUUGGCCCAUGAAAGAGUCCCUGGACUGUGCAGUCCAGCCCAUGCUGACACCAUUCUGGGUCUGACGAGGCCUCGUGAGGGGGGACCACCGUGACAGGUGGGUCUGGCAUGAGAGUGAAGCAUCCUCACCCCCCAGGCUGCGGCGGUUUCCUCCACGUGCCCUCCUGGCUCACACCCGAGGCUGCGGCGGUUGCCUCCACGUGCCCUCCUGGCUCACCUGCCAGGCUGCGGUGGUUUCCUCCAUGUGCCCUUCUGGGCAGCUGUGUUCCCUGAGGGGGCCACCUGCCUCUUUGGCGCCACCGAGUCCCACAGUCUGUUUUAUUUCUCGGCCUGGGAGGACAUUAUGCACGGAGCUCGGAAACACAAUGAAGGCCACAUGGAGAGACAGCGGGCACACGGGUGUGGGCCUGGCCCAACCCCCAGCACAGCCAGGCUGAGGGCUCCUCUCCUGCCCAUUCAUAGAAUGUGGGUGCUGAUGCCAACGUCCUGGUUCAUUUGGGGCCCCACGAUACAGUGUGUGUGACAGUGCCUCGCCGUGCCCGUCCCAGAAGUCACAGCCAUGUCCACGGCUUUCACUCUGACCACCCUCCUAGCACCAGUUGCUGACAUUUUGCCUCCUGGGAAACAGUCUGUGAAAGGCAUGGGGUCCGUGUGGGACUCCCUGUGGCUGCCAGAAGGGUGCUGGGGUCGGCCUCCUGCAGUGGCCUGGCGGGUCAGGUCACCUGCCCAGGCGUCUCCCCUCUUAUACUCAGCGUUCAGCGCCCAUUUAUGCUUUGUGACAAUUCUUGCCUUUUACCUUCCCUCUGUGAGUGUAACUUUAAUUCUUUAGUAAAGGCAGGGUUAUUCCCAAACAACAUCAGGAAAAAUAUUCUGAGCCCUUCCUUCUCCUGCCAUGCAGCUUUGGGCAUGCUGAGGCAUCACCUUCUCACCAGGUCAUUGCCGCGACGGCCACCCAGGCUCCAAGAGUUCACACGUGACCUUGACUGAGUCCUCUCGCUGCUGAACAAAGGAACCUAUUUCCCUGUCUUGUAGCUUGGUCUGAUGGUUUGAUGAGUAAAUCGGAUGCCGGUAGAAUUUUAGAAACAUUGACCCAGUCCGUUAUCUUACAGAAAUGGAACCCAAAUCCUGUGAGGCAGGUGGCUUGGGUGAGGACUCGUGGCCACAGGUGGGAGAGCCAUGAUUCGGAGGACCCAGCCCUGCUCAAUCACACAGAUGCCUCCUGCAAAACCUGAGUUUUUUUUAACUCUUAUUUUAGGUUCAAGGGUACAUGUGCAGGUUUGCUAUAUGGGUAAAUUGUGUGUUGUGGGGGUUUGGUGUUACAGAUUGUUUGUUACCCAUGUGAUUAGCAUAGUGCCCGAGAGGUGGGUUUUCAGUCCUCACCCUCCUCCCACCCUUCACCCUCAAGUAGUUCUCAGUAUCUGUUGCUCCCCCAUUUGUGGCCAUAGGUGCCCAGUGUUUCGCUCCCACAUAUAAGUGAGAACAUGGAUAUUUGGCUUUCUCUUCCUGCAUUAGUUUGCUUAGGAUAAGGGCCUCCAGCUCCAUCCAUGUUCCUGCAGAAGACAUGAUCUGGUUCUUCUUUAUGGCUGCAUAGUAUUCCAUGGUGUAUAUGUAGCAUACUUUCUGUAUCCAGUCCACCAUGGAUGGGCAUUUAGGUUGAUUCCAUGACUUUGCGAUUGUGAAUAGUGCUGCGAUGGACAUGUGCGUGCCUGUGUGUCUAUGGUAGAACAAUUUAUAUUCCUUUGGGUAUAUACCCAGUAAUGGGGUUGCUGGGUCAGAUGGUAGUUCUGUUUUAAGUUCUUUGAGAAUUUGCCAAAUUGCUUUCCACAAUGGCCGAGCUAAUUUACAUUCCCACUAGCUCAUUCCCACUGAGCUAAUUUACAUUCCAUUCUUUUUUCUCGCCAGCAUCUGUUAUUUUUGGACUUUUUAGUACUAGCCAUUCUGACUGCUGUGAGAUGGUAUCUCAUUGUGGUUUUGAUUUGCAUUUCUCUAAUGAUCAGUGAUGUUGAGCUUUUUUUCAUAUGCUUAUUGACUGCAUGGAUGUCUUCUUUUGAGAGGUGUCUGUGCAUGUCCUUUGCCCACUUUUUUAUGGGGUUGUUUGAAAACCUGGUUUUUAUGUACAGGCUUCCUAUGACUUCCUAUGUCAGAAAAGCCCUGACUAACUUCACGUCUUGUGUAUAGAUCUCAUUUCUCUUCACCCUAGAUCUGUCUUUUAUGCUCCAUUCUUUCUCCUUGUGUUGUUGGGAACCAGCAGGUCAUGACCACACCCUGUUCUUGUGUCUGCAAAAGCAUUUUUUAUCAUACAAGUCUCUUAAGUUGAAGUUCCAAUAUUUUUCUUCAACUUUUGUGCAUUCCCCAAUUUGGAGAUCACUUUCUUAUGUGAUUCACAAACAAGGCUCUUGUUUUUGAGAUGCAGGGAGGAGACUUGUGUUCAAAAAAAGGACUAACUAAAAAGAGUAAUAAAUGUGGGAGAGAAGAUGAGAACUGAUCACAGCAAAAGACCUCUUUUCCUAAUCAGCUUGUCACCCCACUGCAAUACAGUCAGGUGGACAAAGAUGCAGAAAAGGUGGCUGAACCAUUGGGGCGGUAGGUUUCCUAACUCAGAGCCAGAGUGCUGCUGAUGUCCUCAAGUGCUAGCCCAUCACAGGCAGGGCUGGAUGAGGCUGAGACUUUCCACCCCCACCCCACCCAUGUCUGAGAGCAUCUCAGGGUACUCUCCUCCCGUGGGUCUCCGAUCUCCAAGAGGAGGAGAGAGGGAAAGACUGGUUUCCCAAAGCUCCUCCCUCUCCCUAGGAAUGGCCCACCUGAAGAAGACUGCAGGAGUCAGGAGUCACUGUUCCCUGAAUGUUUCUCGAUGCUGUGAUGUUUAAUAUGAGCAGACAACCAAGCGGCGUGCACGGCAGUUGGGCAGAGGCCUCAGAGUCAAGGCCCUGUGGGUGUCAGUCCUGGUUCUGUGGGGCCAUGUGUGUGUUUGAGGGACUUGCCUCAGCCUUCUCCAUGGCGUGGGGAAGCUGAGGAAGGGGGUCCAUCACAGGGUGGUUUUAAUGAUAAAAUGGGACAUCCAAGCAGAGGGUUAAAAAUUCAUGAAAAGCUGGAUUUGACUCUCACUGUCUUCACCGUAACUGCCCAUCUUUGAGAGUGAGCAGGAGGUUGGGACACCCCAAGAUGUGGGCACUGCCAGCCAACCACACAUUCCUGCACAGCUGCAGCAUAGUUCUGACUAAAUUCCAGACAAAACCUGGCUGAAAGAAAAUGUAGCAAUACCAUGAUCAAUGAGCCUGGGGUGCACACAUCAGAAAGAAGAGUGAGAGGGUGAAAGUGGCUCAGGAAAAAGAGAUCACAAAACAGCCCCAUUCCGCCUGAAGGAAAUCGCCACUGCGGGGCACGUGGUUCUCUGGUGGAUGCUGGUUAUCGCUGCUGUGGGGCAGUUGGUUCUCUGGUGGAUGCUGGUUAUCACUGCUUUGGGGCACGUGGUUCUCUGGCUGAUGCUGAUUAUCACCACUGAGGGACACUUUGUUCUCUGGUGGAUGCUGGUUAUCACUGCUUUGGGGCACGUGGUUCUCUGGCUGAUGCUGAUUAUCACCACUGCAGGACACUUUGUUCUCUGGUGGAUGCUGGUUAUCGCCGCUGUGGGGCAUGUGCAUGUGGUACUCUGGCUGAUGCUGAUUAUCGCCGUUGCAGGGCACGUUGUUCUCUGCUGGAUGCUGGUUAUUGCCACUGUGGGGCGCGUGGUUCUCUGGUGGAUGCUGAUUAUCGCCACUGUGGGGCGCGUGGUUCUCUGGUGGAUGCCGGUUAUCGCCGCUGUGGGGCGCGUGGUUCUCUGGUGGAUGCCGGUUAUCGCCGCUGUGGGGCGCGUGGUUCUCUGGUGGAUGCUGGUUAUCGCCGCUGUGGGGCGCGUGGUUCUCUGGUGGAUGCUGGUUAUCGCCGCUGUGGGGCGCGUGGUUCUCUGGUGGAUGCUGGUUAUCGCCGCUGUGGGGCGCGUGGUUCUCUGGUGGAUGCUGGUUAUCGCCGCUGUGGGGCGUGUGGUUCUCUGGUGGAUGCUGGUUAUCGCCGCUGCGGGGCGCAUUGUUCUCUGGUGGAUGCUGGUUAUCGCCGCUGUGGGGCGCGUUGUUCUCUGGUGGAUGCUGGUUAUUGCCGCUGCGGGGUGCGUGGUUCUCUGGUGGAUGCUGGUUAUCGCCGCUGUGGGGUGCGUGGUUCUCUGGUGGAUGCUGGUUAUUGCCGCUGCAGGGCAGGUGGUUCUCUGGCUGAUGCUGAUUAUCGCCGCUGCGGGGCAUGUGGUCCUCUGGUGGAUGCUGGUUAUCGCCACUGUGGGGCGUGUGGUUCUCUGGUGGGUGCUGAUUCAAUUCCGGACCCACGCGGCUCUAGGCUGUCUGGGGCCACAGCAUACAGGAAAGUUGAUAAUCACAGGUGUGGCAUGUUCCCUCUCCACUGCCCACCCCCAGCUGUGAGCCCACCCCUGCCCCUCUGGAGACACCAAGCCAGAACGCAGGAGUGCUGCUGUGAGAGUAACCUCAAAACCGUCGAAACUUCUAUCAAAAGCAGUUAUUCCUAACCUUCUGCGUCAUAUUGUUGGGAAUGCAUUCCUUUUUGAAAGUCUGCACUUGGUCACAGGUGGGCUGGCACCUGCUAUCGAUGGAUGUUUCUUCAUCCUCUGAGCUCCCAGUGGGGCUUCAGAGCAGGGGCCAGAGCAGCCCCACACCCGCUCCCUCUGCAGAUCACUGCUGCUCAGCUUUUCAUGGCCAGAAAAGUUCUUUUCUAAUGGGAGUAUUGACUUGGAGAAUUUUCAAAGUUUGGCAAGAAUCCACUGCAGCCUGGAUGGGUUGAUAUUUAUGCUGUGUUUGGUGUUGUUUGAUUUUGUUUAUCUGUUUUUAAUCCCUUCUGUAAUCAGAGCAAAUGUAGGGAUAUGAGAGGCAAGAUGAAAGUGAAAACAGUAAAAAUACAGCCAGAGUUUGUCUCCACCUCCUCACAACCUAUUACAUGAAUGAAAUGAAGGCUCUGAGUGACUCCUCCCGUUAAAGUGCAGUUGGCAGGAAUGGGACCCAAAACAAAAUGGCUUCUCCUUAGUCCCGUAGACUUGGGGUCAAUGCAAGGUGCAGGAUGCACUUAGCCAUGUGUGAAUCGUGGUCACCAUGUUGCCAGCUCUGAAAACUGCAGAUUUGACCCACCCUUUCCAUGGGGCAGAGUUAACCUGAGAAGAGGCUAUGCUGGGCUGUGGGGGUCCAUGCUCAGCUACAGGCGUGGCAGGAAGACAUCUCAGCUCAGUACAGGGCGUGGCCGAGCAACCCGGCUAGUGUGGGGUCCAGGGAGGAGAAACCCAACAGACAGGAAACACUGUCUGAAACUUGGAAAGAUACAUCCUAUCCAACCAAAAUGAGGAAAGCCUCUCAAGAGAAGCGAUGCUUUGAAUCCAGAGUAUGAGACCCAGCGGAGGCUGCUGGUGUUGGAAUGUGGAGAAGAGUUGGGAAGAUCAGCCCUCAAGGUCCGGAGCUGCUGGGAAUGAGACAAAUGUUGGGGUGAGUGAGCUCACAGCCACCCUGCCCUCCAGCCCAUGCAAGGAAGCAGACAGCCCACCCGCCGCCCUGUUUCCAGAACCUGGAACCUGGUGGCUGGUGGAGAAGAAGGGGCAGAUUUGUCUUCUUUCAGCCUAGAAAUCCUUCCUCCACCUCUCUAUCCACCAUGCCAAAAUGUCGGGGGGUGACCUAAGGCUGGGGCUGUGAGCUGGCCCACGUAGGAGCCACCAUUUCCAUUCAUGUUUUAGAUUCAUUUAUGAAACAGACAGAAAUUGCCUAAUUGAGAACUAGCUGGUCCAUGUUUGAGGCCAACCUAAAUAGAGAAUUCUUGCCAUUUUAAAACCCUGCGUCAUUCUAAACAACACCUCACUUGACUAGGUGGCCUGGUUUUCUUGUUUCAGCAUUUUGCCUCUACAGGAUUGUUUUUGUUUUUGUUUUUGAGGAAAUAGUUAAAACUGAGAAUUUUAUAUGGUAGGGAUCUGAAGAAGAGAAAUUGGAAAUGGGGAAAAAUGGUUUCAAAAAUGAAGUUUAUCUGCAAUGUAGUUAUUAUGGACCAGAUUCAGUGAACUGGGAAGAGUCCACUGAAAGUGUGCGGCCCAAGACAGUUGAGCUUUUGGUUGAAUGAAUUUAAGCAUUUGGGCUGAAGCUCUGAAGGCAUGUUCAGUUAAACACUUAUCAGUCUGCCAGCAUGAAUAAAAGGAGAAAUGCCUGCCACAUUCCUUAAGACACUCCCUAUUUUUAACGAACUGUCUGUAGAGUUUGGGCAAUGUAGUUCUUCCUCAAAGUUCCUUCCACAUGGACUAGCUUCAGUGAAUGUUUCUCAUGUAAAAUAGAUGCUUUUAUUUUGAGCCAUGAUUUUCUCCAAUGAUUCUACCCCAUUUUGCAAAGCACCAUGACCGUAUUAAAUGAUGCCAUGAGAAGCACGUGUCAGUCCCAGGUGACAACACAACUUCAGCAGAGCAUCCAGCGUGUGUAUAAUGUGCACGAGGUGAAGAAGGCUGGGCUGGACCAAGACCUGGGAAGCAAAUCCUAUGACUUCUCCUCUUUGUGAAUUAAUGGCACCCCCCUUUUAUAGUCUGACCAAAUAUCUUAAACAUUUUAUGACCCAAUUCCUUUUCUCCUGGUAUUUGAAAUGGGAAUUAAAUGCAAUAAAAUCAAUAUAGUAAAAACGUAUCAAUAAUUGGAGUGGCUAAAUGAAACAAUGGGUAUCAGAAAUUUUAUUCUAAUCCCUGCACUCCAGCCCCAGGGUAAAGUUGAGGUGAUAAUGAGGCCUCAGUGGGAGGGAUGGGUAACCCCGGCGCAUGCACCUGCUUACCCUCAGAAGACCACAAAACUUCUCUCCAGAAAAAAUUACACUUUCUCGGUCUGCUGAGGUCUCCCUGUGUCAGGUGAAGUUUUAUUGUAGUCCUUACCAUGGAAGAAUUGUUUGCAGGAUGUUUCAGCUCAUUUCUUGAGCAUUUCAAUGGCAUCACUGACACCAACCACUCAGAAAAGCUGGACUACUCAGUGGGAUGCCCAGCAUUUGGUGUAGUUGAGCCCAGCCUGCCAUCUAAGGUGAGUGUGCACCUUCUCUGAUUGCAGUCCAUGCAGGUGAGCCAUUAGAGCUUGCCGUUAGAGUCUAAAUCCUGAGUGAGAAUCACUCUGGGUAUUUUGUGUUUCCUAAUACUUGAUUAUUUGGCCCAAAAAUUUAAUAUGGAGGCAAGUGCACACAUACACCACAUGCUUAUAAACAUGCACUAUCUGGACCACUUUCUAUUUUCCCCUAGUAAUUAAGUGACCUUUGGAAAAGUUCAUUCUUGGUUAUAUCUAAAACACACACACACACACACACA